CAGCCUUCAGGUGAGCUGCUCUAGGCCACGCGAUUCCGCUUCUCUGGGUCAAUCUGAGGAAAUGCUGCGGUGAAAAACACAGAAAUCCACUGAUUUUCUCAAUAAUCCGGAUUAGUUUGAAGAGGGGGCGGAGCCCGGACUGAACGCACGUGAGAGCUGAACUUAAACUCAGGACCGAGAGCAAGGUCACGAGCUUUAGUCUCAGUGUUUAGUAUCAGUGUUUAGUAUCAGUACUGGUGUUUAGUCUGGACUGUAGUUCUGCUGUUUCUGCUGCUGUUGCUGUUAAACAUGAGGAAAUCGUCCACUUCAGGUAUUGCUCGUUCAACCAGCGGUCGCCUCAGGAGACUGGAGAGAUCCGACUCUGGGGGAGCUACCGGAUCAGCACUUAAAAGGUCAUUUGAAGUGGAAGAAGUUGAUACACCCACAAAUCCAUCGCCUCUUUCACGCAGAACAGGGAAUCCUCUGCGUUCUUCCACUGGCUCAGCUUCCAGCCGCUUCCAUGACCUGGGAUCACGCAACUCUGAGAACACCUCCAGACAUGGUUCUGAAACAUCAUCCAACAGCUCCAGGCAUGGCUCAGAGAGCUCGUCCUCUGGACAGCGCUCUCCAAAAAGCGGUCUGCGGCGGGCAGACCUCCUUUCUGGGGGAAGAGUUGCAGAGGCAGGUUCACGCAGGACGGAGAUUUCCAUCGAUAUUUCAUCCAAACAGGUUGACAGCUCGCCCAGCCCAGGCAUCGCCCGCUUUGGCUUGAAGCGGCCUGAAGUUUCUCUACAGAACCGCACUCCAGAGCUUGCAACCAACCGAAGGCCAGAGCUUUCGCUGGGCCGGACCCAGGAUGCCCCAGCUGCACUGCGAAGAGCAGAAGCCCCCCAGCUCACUUCCAGGAUUCCCGAGCCUGUCCAGAGAAAAACUGAGCUUCCAAGCCCGGUGGACACAUCACUUCCAACUCGCCGGCCUGAAACUAACAGACAAGCAGAGAUGCCGUCUUCAACCAGAGAGUCUGAAAACAGCUUCGUCUCAGCCACCAGUGUGACCUCCAGCUUCACUGAGUUUAAAACACCUCUGUCAAUGCAGGAGAACACCAGCAGAGCCCUUGAGAGGUCAGAGUUCACUUCCAGCUACAGUAGCAGUAGCAGCAGCAGAAGCAGUAUGGCAGAGCCAGUAAUCUCAGAAAUGCCUCCGAGCGCAUACCCGGAGAAACCCAGUGUGGACUUCAGCUAUGUGGGUAUUGAUGCCAUCCUGGAGCAGAUGAGGAGAAAGGCCAUGAAACAGGGCUUUGAACUUAACAUCAUGGUAGUGGGUCAGAGUGGUUUGGGUAAGUCCACGUUGAUGAACACACUCUUCAAGUCCAAAGUGAGCAGAAAGUCAGUGAUGGGCACAGCUGAGGAACGCAUUCCCAAAACCAUCGAGAUCAAGUCCAUCAGUCACGACAUUGAAGAGAAAGGUGUGAGGAUGAAGUUGACCGUAAUAGACACGCCAGGCUUUGGAGAUCAGAUCAACAAUGAAAACUGCUGGCAGCCCAUAAUGAAAUUCAUAAAUGACCAGUAUGAGCAGUAUCUGCAGGAGGAGAUCAAUAUUGAGAGAAAGAAGAGAAUCCCUGAUUCACGCGUCCACUGCUGCAUUUACUUCAUUCCCCCCACAGGACACUGUCUGCGGCCGCUGGAUGUGGAGUUUAUGAGGCGUCUCAGUAAAGUGGUGAACAUCGUCCCGGUCAUCGCAAAGGCAGAUACUCUGACCCUGGAGGAGAGAGAUUUCUUCAAGAAGAAGAUCAGGGAAGAGCUGCGGGCCAACAGUAUCGACGUUUAUCCUCAGAAGGAGUUUGAUGAGGAUGCAGAGGACAGACUGAUCAAUGAGAAAAUACGAGAGAUGAUUCCGUUUGCGGUUGUUGGAAGUGAUCAGGAGUACCAGGUGAACGGGAGGAGGCUGCUGGGGCGGAAAACCAAAUGGGGAACCAUAGAAGUUGAGAAUAUUGCCCACUGUGAGUUUGCUUACCUGCGAGACCUCCUAAUCAGAACCCACAUGCAGAACAUCAAGGACAUCACCAGCAGCAUCCAUUACGAAAUGUACCGCGUCCGCCGUCUUAACGAGAACAACCUGCAGGCUAACGGACUGGCCGAACACAACCCAUCCUCUCACGAGAUGUAGAGCCUUCAUACCUCUCUCUCUCUCUCUGCCUCCGUCAGUCAUCCUCUUCUUCUGUGCUCCUCCACCUGCACUCCAGCUGCCACUGCUGCGCUCCGCCCUGUUCUUCAGCCGCAGCAGGACCCGCCCAUUGACUGUGGACUCAGCUUUCAUCAUUUCCCCUCUGAGGACCAUUUCCCCCUCACACUACCCUACUUAGAGAAGAGUGAAACACACACACACACACACACACACAUGCUCUUUCAUUUUGAGCCAUUUGCCUUUUACAUUGAUUUGUUUAAUCUCCGCCCACAAAUGUGUUUUUUAUAGAGCAGGACGGUCUAAUCUUACCAGCAAAGGGCUUGAAUGGCUACAGCUUUUCAUGUCAGCCAAUCAGAAGCUCAUGUGUGUUGUCAGCUGUUCGAUGACUGAUCAGUUAAAUAAACAGGUGGAAAUCAGGUGAGCUGCUGGUUGUUUAGAAUGUUGACCUGCAGGCACACAUUCUGGAAAAUUCCUAUUUAGCCUUAUAAGAAACUCAAGUACACAUCUUAGUAAGACUAUAAUGUAUUUUAAUAUAUAUUAUUAAUUAAAUAAUAUUUUGUAAUACUAAAAUUAUAAUAAAUGUAUUUAUUUAAUUUAUGCACAUCUGUUAUUUCCAGAAUGCUGUAGAGUAUCCUUAUCAAUAUUAGCUCCACAACACAAAAUGAGAAAAAAAAAAAAUCAAUCUUAUAAAUUAACAAUGAAUAGCACUGUCUAAGAACACCACAGUUUCUUACUGGCUUGAAUAGAAGUUUUUUAAACAUACUUUUUUAGUUGCAGAAGCUAAAAAAGAAUACGUUUGUUGGCGGAGCAUAAUGGAUAAAUCAGGUAAAUCAUUUUAAAUUUAAAAUUAAUCAAAAUGUGGAGCCUUAAAACUGCUUUCAGAAACCUUUUCAGAAAGCCUAAAGAUUUUGGGAGAAAAUGAUGAGGCUUGCAACAAAGCCCCAAUUCACUUAAGACCACCAACAGUGUCUGUUGGAACAUUAGGUUACUUUAUCCAACACCAGUGCACAGGUAUGUGUGGGUGUGCGUAUGUGCCCUUGUGUGUGUGUGUGUCUGCUUUCUUACAGCAGUAGUUCAAGUAAGUGCCAUGACUUAAGGAUGAAUGAACGCUAAUGAUGCUCCCAGAUUCAUUCAUUGUCACGUGCAUUAGUCUCGGCAUUAACAUUUAUCGGCUAACUGUCCCUGAACUGUGCUGCAUCCAAAAUUACACAUCACUCUUCCUCCACCACAUGAGCACUGCCACUUACCUGUCCACUUCCAGAGUGCUUUUAGUAUGCCCAGUGUGCCGCAGCACUGCCGAGGUGGCCUCGAGGGGGUUAACUUGUGUUUAAUAAUGUUUCUUUUAAUUGUUUCUGAUUAUGGGACACAGCAUGGUUUCUUGUUUUCACUGUGCUCUGUAUAUACUUAAACCAUCAACAGAUCAGAUCAGCUUCAGAUCAGAUCAGUGCUGCCCUGAUUAGAGGCGGGAGGGUGAAGGGAUCAGAGAUGGGUAGUAGAUUGCACAUAACUGAUGAAAUUAUUAGAUGUUAAUUGCUGAUUUUAAACGUUUUAGUGCCAAAAUUCAACACUUGCGUCCAGUCCAAGGACAUUUCUGAGAUGUUCCAAUGCCUGUGGGCUUAUUUAUUGGUGAAUAUGGUUCAACAUGCAAAAAUAGACAUUCCGGCUAGAUCAGGGGACCCCAAAUAUCCAUAAAGGGAAGGUGUGGCUGCACUCUUUAUAACUAACCCAUUGUUUAUUGGAGAGAAAAUGUGAAAUCACACUGGCCCUUUGUGGAUAAGAUGGGUGAGCCGUGCACUAGAAGAUCAAGAAUGGUCUGCAGGACAAUUUGGUAGAUUUGCAUAACAAUACAAUAUACAUAACUUAAAUUUAUCCCACAUGUAGAUAAUCAGUCAGUAUUUCUUGGGUGUCUUGAAUUUGUUUCUUUUGGAUUCAUAAGGCUAAUGUGGUUUACAAACAUUAGACAUCAGUUUACACCAACACUUUUUUCAAAAUGCAUUAAGAGACGUAUUUGUAUGUUUCAGCUCAGUCUAAUCUCUACAUUAUAAUCAGUUGAAAUGAGCAAACUUCAUUGUUUAGCCUGGGAAACAUUGUUUAAAGUGGUCGAUCCCUUAUAUGUAGAUCCCAGUAUAGUAAGGUGCUGUAAUGUUUCUAGGUUGCUGUAAUUCUUACUAUGCCCUGAACAUCAUUAACAUUUACCAAGACUUGCGAAAAAGCAGGAUUUCUCAGUUUAGCCAGAUAAACUUAAACCUGAACCCAAGCUAAGCUAAGCUGACUAAAACUAAAAUACUGAGAAAAGUGUGUUGGCUUGUAUUUACAGGAAAGACCUCUAGGUUUAGCAACAUUAGCCUUGUAGCUCCAACAGAAAACUAAGAAAACAAAUUUUCAUAUUGAAGAAGAUAUAUCUGUUGUUCAGUCAAAAGUUAUUUCGCCAAACCCAAAUCUUUUGAAUAAAGAUAAAAAAAAUGAAUAAAAAAAACACCAUUCAGAAUCCUCUGCUGUUUCUGCAUUGCCUAAAAAUAUGUAUAAACCGAGUAACAGUCCAGAUUUAUUUGAGCAGCACAAGGAUCUCUGUUCUCUUCUUCAGUUAAACAUGGUCUGUCUAAGACCGUUUUUAUUUGAAAUCAGUAUUUUCACGUUUUUCUCUACCUGUCCAGAUUUAUAUACAGUAUAUGUGUGUUAUCACUCUGACGUGAAUGCCGCCACUGUGCCUUAAUAAGCCCCUCUCGCCCUUCCAUUAUAGAAGCCAUGCCUGUCCUGAGAAUGGAGAAAAUCCCACUUGUUUUUAUUAAGGCCUUUCCCAAACCUUCCAACUGCUUUUAAUUAGAGCAAUAUUUGUGUUGUCCUGUGCUGUAUAUCCAUAGUGAUUCAUUUUUUUUCUACUGGUAUUAAGAGUAACACAAAUAUCUUUGAUAUGUUAUUUUAAAGAAAUAAAGAUUAAAUAUGAACUUUA